AUGCCGGACCCGGCGGGAACUUCAAGCCCGGGUGACCAGGCCAAGGGGGUGGGCCGACGCGCGCACGCAGCCCGUCGGGAGCGAGCCCGCCGCGCACAGCACCCUGGGAAGAGGUGUCCAGCCAAUGCCUCCUUUUAUUCUUUGCCUAAGUAUAAAUUAGACAUGAAUAUGUCUGAGCCAAGCUAUUUCAUCUAUAAUGUUAAUUUCUGGUUACUCAAGCUCUCCAUUAAUGCUUUUCAUGACAGCAUAAAUGAAGCCAACAGUAGAUGCAGGCCAGCUCAUAUUUCUCCCCUGGCAGGUGAGGAGGUCUUCUCUUGUGAGCAUGCAGAAGCAUCUCCAUACAUGAAGUCAGAUUGCUCUGCAGUGUCCAAUACAGAGCAGUGUGUGAAGUGUCCAGAUCAUCAGUAUGCAAACAGUGAGAGGACUCGCUGCCUCCAAAAAACUGUGACUUUCCUGGCUGAUGAAGACCCAUUGGGGAUGGCUCUGGUCUGUACUGCUCUUUGCUUCUCUUUUCUCACUGCUGUUAUUCUUGGGGUCUUUGUGAAGCACCGAGACACUCCCAUAGUCAAGGCCAACAACAGGGCUCUCAGCUACAUCCUGCUCAUCUCCCUCCUCCUGUGCCUCCUCUGCUCCUUACUCUUCAUAGGUCGUCAACAAAUGGCAUUUGGAAUUGUUUUCACCGUGGCUGUUUCCACUGUCUUGGCCAAAACCAUCACUGUGGUUCUGGCAUUCAAGGUCACUGCACCAAGGAGAAAGAUGAGGCAGUGGUUGGUGUCAGGGGUACCCAAAUCUAUUAUUCCCAUCUGCUCCAUGAUCCAGGUGACUCUCUGUGGAAUCCGGCUGGGAACCUCUCCCCCACUCAUUGACAAAGAUGCACACCCUGAGCCUGACUAUAUCAUCAUGGAGUGCAACAAGGGCUCAGUCACUGCCUUCUAUUGUGUCCUGGGGUAUCUGGGAUGCUUGGCCCUUGGGAGUUUCAUCAUGGCAUUCAUGGCCAGGAAUCUUCCUGACACCUUUAAUGAAGCCAAAUUCCUGAACUUCAGCAUGUUGGUCUGCAGUGUUUGGGUCACUUUCCUCCCUGUCCACCACAGCACCAAGGGGAAGGUCAUGGUGACUGUGGAGAUUUUCUCCAUCUUGGUCUCCAGUGCUGGAUUACUAGGCUGCACCUUUGCCCCAAAGUGCUUUAUUAUUUUGUUAAGGCUGGAGAGAAACAUUCAGUAUGGAUUAUGGUAUAAAGCAUAUUCUGAGGGCAGAAAACCUUCUUAA